CGGUCUGCCUGUCAGUUUGUCAAAGAAUCGUUGUGCAACAACAUGAGUGUGACUUGUGGUGAGCGUUGGGGCAGGUGUUGAAGCGGUGUCCCUCGGAAGGUCAGACGGGUUUUCUUAAACACAGUUAGGGAAAGAGAAACUGAAGUUGAAAUUGUAAAUGAGAUCGACAUCGGCAACAUGAAAAGAAUCUGGACCCUCCUUCUAUCUUUUGCUGUUUCUGGCUUCACCCAAGAUACACACAAUUUUGGUUCACCACUGUUUUUGAUCUCUGGUCCAGAGGUCCUCCAUGCUGGUGUACCCACUUCCUUUGCUGUCACGGUUUUUACCGACUUCCCUGGUAAUUUCACAGCUGAGUUGGCACAUGGAAACACUACAGUAACCAAAACAGAGGACUUCCAAGGAGGUGCCACCUUUGUCCUCAUACUUCCACCUUUUCCUGGCUCCUUACCACAAAAUUCGCUAUUAAACUUAACAGUGUGGGGUUACAGGGAGAAUCGCCUCAUUUUUACAAACACUACUACCCUCCUCUUCAACCUGCGGACGGUUACCUCCUUCAUACAAACUGACAGAUCAAGCUAUGAGCUUGGGGACACUGUCAAAGUCAGGGUGGUCUCUUUCCAUCUGGAUAAUAAACCAUACACAGGCAAAGUGGGAAUUUCACUACUGGAUCCCAGGGGGAAACCUGUUGAUGACUGGAGCUCCUCUGGGAAUUUCGGGAUUGUCUUCAAAGAAUUUACUUUACCCCAGUCCUCUCAUCUCGGGCAGUGGGUGAUCACAACAACAGUGAAUGGAAUAACGGAUGAGAAAUCCUUCGUUGUUGAGCAUCACGAUGCGCAGCCUCGUCCAUUUGAUGUGAUGGUAAAAACAUCCUCUCGAGUCCUUCUUGGUGAUAACAUCUCUGGAUCAGUGAGAGCACUUUAUCCUGAUGGACAACCUGUUCGUGGCACAUUAGUUGUUACCCUGAAGCCUUUUAUAAGCAACAGAACCUCUCCAUCUCUGCAGACCCAAACCAAGCAGAUCUAUGGGUCAGCACAGUUUUUAUUCAGCAGAGAUCACCUUCAGUCUCUGUACUCCUCCUCAGCAACUAGCAAUAGAAGUCACGUUCUAUACAUUGCUGCCCAGAUCAAUGAUAACUCCACAGGACAUACCGUGGACAAAACCAUGGAAGUCCAUAUAUUGCAAAACAAAUUCCAGCUCAUGUUUCUCAACUUCCCAUCAACUUUAAAGCCAUCCCUAAACUUCUCAGCAAAUCUUCGGAUUGUCAGAUAUGACAGAAAGUCUCUCAGCUCGUUGGAUUUGAAGCACUCUGCUGUGGUUCAGAUCACACAGAAAACCUCUUCAAUAAACUCAACAACCAUGAGUCUAACUCUGCCUGUGCCUGAGAAUGGCAAUGUACUCAUCCAGUUUAAAUUACAAGAUCGAGUAGAGAUGCUCUACUUACAGGCUCAAUUCCAGUCCAUUGUGGAGACCCUGACGGUGUACACCAACUACUCCUCUCCUACUGGCUCAUAUGUUCAAAUCCGCUCUGUCAACAGAUUUCCCACACAGGUUGGAUUGCCACUUCGGCUUAAUGUGGAGAGUACCAUCAAACUGGAGAAACUCCAUUUUGUGGUGUUCUCUAAAGGUCAGAUGGUAGCUGCUGGGACUAAAAGCUUUUCUUCGUCCAUUGCUCUCACGCCAGAGCUUUCCUGGUACCCUGAGGCCUGUGUCAUGGUCUACUAUAACACCUCAGAUGGGGAAAUUACCAGUGACACAACCUACAUUUCUAUCCAACAGUACAACCAUGUAACCCUAAACUGGAGCAGUAAGUGGGCCAAACCAGGUGAGCAGGUAUCGCUGACUGUGACUGCCAGUGAAUCCAGGUUUCAAGUAGGAAUAACAGUCACAGCGAUGGAAAAUGAUGCCCUGCAGUCUGAUCUGGAUCAAAGAGCUGAAAAGUUCUUGCAGAGAUGUAAUCCGAAGACGGUGACCAAUGCAAGAUUGUUUAUGAAAAGCCAAACAGAUGCUGCUAAAACUGGUGCACAUAAAAACAACGGGUUAAUUUUACAAUACUGGAGGCACUGGGCGGAGUUUGCUGAAUCUCUGCUUUGGUUGGACAGAAAUGUCAGUGAUAAAAGCUGGACCACUGGGAAAAUAACAGUACCUGAUGGUAUCAGCUCUUUAGGAGCUGUAGCGCUGGUAAUGUCAGAAAAGUUUGGUUUGGGUUUCACUCCUGUCCCAGAAAAGCUGACCAUAUCCAAAGAUUUCUCUCUGUCCCUUGUUGCACCGUCACAAAUCAUCAUAGGGGAGGACUUUGUGCUGGAAGUAAACGUCAUCAACCAUUUAGAGCAAGACAUUGAGGUGAUUGUGUUGGUAGCACAGAGUGAGGCUUUUCAGUUUCCUCUAAUGGAGCGCAGGGGAGCAUCCGUCAUCAAUGCCCAACCACUUAACCUGAGGAGUCAUAAGUCUGCCUCAGUCUUAUUCCCUAUCAGGGCCGUGGUUGUUGGCGAGAUAGAAGUAUCUGUGGACGCUGUGUCUGCAGAGUCUUCAGAUAGUCUUGUUAGAACAAUAUUGGUGAAGAAUAGAGGAGUUGAACAGACCUUCUCUCACACUCUGUUCCUGGAAGUGGCACCAAGGCAUCUGAACUCUUCUACGUCCGUUUCCUUCUCUUUUCCAUCUAAUCUAGUACCAGGAAGCCAGAGGGCUCAUAUAGCACUAGUUGGUGAUAUCUUGGCAUUAUCAAUGGAACAUUUGGAUUCUUUGGUUCAGCUUCCUACGGGGUGUGGAGAGCAGAACAUGAUCCGCUUUGCUCCGAGUCUCUAUUUUCUCCAGUACCUGGAGAAGUCAGCCCAGGAUGAUGCAGGGAUACGCAGCAAAGCUCUUAGCUACAUGAUAGAAGGUUAUGAGAAACAACUCUCUUACCAAAGAGAUGACGGUUCAUUCAGUGCUUUUGGAAAAAGUGACAUGUCAGGUAGCAUCUGGCUGACAGCCUUUGUGCUGCGAUGCUUCCUCCAGGCUCAGUCCUACAUGUUGAUAGAUCAUACAGUCUUAACUAAGGCCACAGCCUGGCUCUUGAAACAUCAAGGUUCCCAAGGAGAGUUUACUGAGGUUGGCAAGAUUAUCCACACCAACAUGCAAGAGGGGCCAGAUGAUAGCCCAGAGGCUCUCACUGCUUAUGUACUUGUGGCAUUUCUGGAGGACAGGGACCAUUCUGAAAUGUAUGCAGAUGAAAUUUCUCUGGGUCUAAGAUACCUGGAGAGUAAAGUGUCCAGUGGUGUGGUCAGCAACUACAGUCUGUGUUUGGUGGCUUAUGCUCUAGCUCUGGCCAACAGUCCUGUUCUGGAAGAAGUGCUCUCAGAGCUUAACCGGAGAGCUGAUAAGAAAGAUGGUGUGAUGAUGUGGACAAUCUCUGAAGCCUUGCUAUCCAACAACCAGCGGCAAAGUUCAGCACAGAUUGAGAUGGCCUCGUAUGUGCUGCUCGCUCGGUUUAUGCGCGGCAACUUCCUUGAAGGUAUCCCACUCAUGAAGUGGUUGAGUACUCAGAGGAACCAUCUAGGUGGAUUUGGAACGACUCAGGACACAGUAAUUGCCCUCCAGGCCCUUUCUUAUUACGCUGCAUUCAGUGGCGCAAAUGCCAUCAACCUAAGGUUUAACGUAUCGUCGCCGUCAUCUUCAACUGCAAUGUUAUUUAACAUUAACUCAACUAACUAUCGGGUUUAUCAAAGCCAAGAGAUUAACCCUGACAAUGAACUACCUUUGAAUAUUUUCAUGGAAGGAAGAGGGUUUGCCAUAUUUCAGCUGAACAUCUUUUACAACGUGAACAGCACACACAACACCAAGCCAAUACCAGAUGAUGAUGCCUUCACAUUAGAUGUUAAUCUCUAUAAAAGGGAGCCCGGUGGUGUAAUGUUGUCUGUAUGCACAAGGUUGAAGGAAAAUCAGCCAAUAGAUCGUACAGGUAUGGCUAUAUUGGAUGUGGGGAUACUAAGUGGUUUCAUUCUUGCUCCUGAAGAUGCGAUCUCUGAUACUUCCAUUAUGAAAGUGGACAGAACACCUGAAGGUGUCAUACUGUACCUGGAUUCUGUCACCAAGGAAGAGAUUUGCUAUAAAUUUCCUUUUCUAAGAAACUCUAAAGUGGCCCGUGUAAAGGAUGGGGUGCUGCAGGUUUAUGACUACUAUGAACCAACAAGGAAAACUGUAAGAACAUACAAUGCAGAUAGUCUUCGUGACCUGGACAUCUGCUCUUUCUGUGGCAGAAACUGUGAGAAAUGCACUCCUGGAAUCACCAUCGCUGUGACUUCCCCUCUGUUAUCUCACUCAAAAAGCUCUGCUUCUUGCAGCUUGACUUUCCAGUUUGUUGGAAUAAUUGUUCUGCUUCUCUCCAUCUGAAAAGAUAAAUGUUAACAUUCAUCCAGUGCAUGUUUGUGUUAGACAAACACUGGAAAGUUGAUUCUCAUAUUGAAAGAACUGUUUGCAAGCUGCUGUUUUUUUGCUGCAUGCUCUUGCACCCUCUACUGUUUUCAAUCGGCUUUGCAUUUAUUUAUGAAAAGGAACAAAUCCAUGACAAAUAAUGAAUCAAGGCAGCUCAUCUUUUUAGUUAUUACAUUAAUAAACAGAAAAAAAUC